CAAUAAUGUCGGUCUACUAACAUCACUGAAAUGUUUUUAUUCCUCUCCAUCUCUCUUGUCAUCACAACAAAAUUUUGCCUUGGCUUGCGAAAAAAGGAGAUCAAGUGAUCAUAUGGAGGAAGAACAAGUAAGAGCAAUUAAGAUAAUAGUAUUUGGAGUCAUCUCAUGGGGUGUGGCCUUCAUUCUCACCCGGAGAAUCUUCUCAAGCUACUCAUUCAGCUUCAGCAACCGUCUUCUCUCCACGGCUCACGCGACUAUCGCUGUCACUUUAGCAACACUCUCUGUUCAAGAUUUGUCUUGCCCUGUUUGUCCCCUUGCUUCUAAGCCAUCUCAUAAACAGAUGGACGUGAUGGCGUUUUCGUUGUCGUACAUGAUCUACGAUCUAAUAUGUUGUCAUUUCGAUCAAGUGUUUAGCAUUGAUAACGCGGUUCAUCAUUUCGUUAGCAUUCUUGGUUUUAUAGCUGGACUUGCAUACCAAAAGUCUGGAUCUGAGAUCGUGGCUACACUGUGGGUAGCAGAGAUAUCAAGUCCUUUUUUCCACCUUAGGGAGAUUCUCAAAGAGAUUGGAUACAAAGACACCAAACUCAAUCUAGCUGCCGAUGUGAGUAUACAUAUAUCAUCUUUUUGUGUGAUCUAAACAAGUUUUAAAUGGAUAGAUAUUAAAACAUGUUAAUGUAGUCUUUACUCCAUCAUCAACUCCUAGUUAAAUGCAAACAGAACGAUUGUAUAUUCUUUUAGAAAAUGGAAUAAUGCACAAUCAUCGAGUAUUUUUGACUUAAACUGUCUACACUAGGUCACUAGUUCGAUGACGGCUAUACUUAUUAUGUAGUUGGAUAGUAUAAAACCGGGACCACCGUUGGAUAUGAAGAAAAAAAAAGUCUAUGGUCGUUAUGGUUUUAAUUCCAUUGAAUGGCAACUUUCAAUUGCAAUUGUUAAAUUUUUUUGACGUUUUGUUUAAUGGAGAGAUGGUCACACCUGCAUUAUCCCUAAGUUAUGUUCUGUUUUUGCUUCUAAUAGCUUAGAUACCUGUUUUAGAUUAUGACAUUUUACCUUGUACAUAGACCUAUCUUUCGAUCUAUAAAUUUCACACUUUAUUAAAGAAAAAGAAAAAAAAUUGACGUUGAAGAUUUAUUAGUUUAGGUCUUCCUGUAAAACCCAAAUCUACUUCUCUAGAUUUAUUUAUAAUAUUUCAUUAAGUCAAAGUUAAAUCUAUUUUAUUGUAUGAAGGAAGCUUCUAAAAACUUAAGCACCGACAUGCUUUAUAUUAACUGAUGAUAUUGAUAGGUGUGUUUUGCCACUAUAUUCACAUUGGCGAGAAUUGUGUGUGGACCUUUCCUCGUUUACGUCAGUCUAUCAGCUGAUAAUCCCAUCUUCAUCAAGGCAAUGGGAUCAGGAUUACAACUCGUGAGCAUCUUUUGGUUCUAUAAAAUUUUCGGGAUGAUGAGAUAUAAACUUUUUAAGAAGCCAAAGUCAAACAAAAAGUCUACUUAGCUUAGUUAGAGAUAUACAAAAGCUGAUUCAAUCCAAAUAUUUUUUUCUUAUUUUUAUUUAUGGUCAUUUAUCUAUUUUAUUAAUAAAAUAAUAAUAAAAAAAUGUCUCAGACC